CAGGAGCGGGCGCCGCGGGCCGAGAUGCUCCUCCGGGACCUGGUGCUGCGCCGCGGCUGCUGCUGGCCCUCGCUGCUGCUGCACUGCGCUCUCCACCCGCUCUGGGGCUUCGUGCAGGUGGCACACGGGGAGCCCCAGAAGUCUUGCUCCAAGGUGACCGACAGCUGCCGACACGUCUGCCAGUGCCGGCCCCCGCCCCCGCUGCCCCCACCGCCCCCGCCCCCACCGCCUCCCAGGCUGCUCUCCGCCCCAGCUCCCAACUCUACCUCUUGCCCCGCUGAGGAAAGCUGGUGGUCAGGGCUGGUGAUCAUCAUUGCCGUAUGUUGUGCCUCCCUGGUGUUUCUGACUGUGCUCGUCAUCAUUUGCUACAAAGCCAUAAAAAGGAAACCACUGAGAAAGGACGAAAAUGGCACCAGCGUUGCUGAGUAUCCCAUGAGCUCUUCACAGAGCAGCAAAGGGGUGGAUGUGAACAACGCGGUGGUGUGAGUCUGCAAGCCUUGGACCUGCUGGCCAGAGGGACACCUUGGUGGCAUAGCGGACAUGGGAAAGCAGGUGGACACGAGCUGACACUGGGCUUGUCCAGGACUUCAUUGCCUUGCAGGCCUCGAGCCUCCCAAAGGAGAAACAAUCCUCUUCCCAGGCUCGCCUCUGGUCGGCCCGGGCAGGGGCAGCUCGGACCAGGCUGAGCCUGGCUGACCCUGCAUGCGGCACCGGGGCAGCGUCACCACCCGAGACCCUCUCACCCUCCUCCUUGUCUGGUGUUUGAUCUGCCGAGUGCCCCCAGCUGCUGUCUAAAUCACGCGCACUGAUGAAGGUGGGGGGUCUCUUUGUCUGCUGGGGCGGGGAGGCCUCGCCCUUUACCAAAAAGAAAGGUGAUCCAGGGCCCACUCCC